CGAAUGAUGGUGGCGAUCCAGUGAUCCAUCAAGCAAAUCCGCUCGCUAUUCGCGCUUACAGGCUGCGCAGGAGCGGAACACUGCGCUCCCGACAUGAUGAAAGCGAAUCGCCCUGGGUUGACCACCGAGUCAUCUUUUGCCGACGCAACUCUAGCGAAAGCGUCAGAGCCGGGACAGCCCAUCGACGAACUCGAUUACGUAGAGGCAGCCUCAGUCCGCAAUUUGCCAAGUUCAACGCAGGCAAACUCUCAUGAGCCCCAGCAAGCGCAAAGAGCCCAGCACCGCCGCGGCGCCUACACGCAAGCUGCGUAAAUCCUGCUCGCUGCCAACAUGCAACAGUCCACCAGGCACCUGCAUGCACUGCACGUGUGACGGGCGCUGCGGACGCCACGCCGCCGGACGAUGUGGAGGCCGCAGAGAAGGAUCAGGUCGGGGCUGCAAGCGCGAGGACUGCACGCGCGAUGACCGCUGUCUGCACAGCAACCGAGCCACGUGCUGUCAUUGCCGCAACCUCGUGUCCUCUGCGGGCCGCGCCGCCAAGCGUCCGCGUGUGACGAUGCCGCUCGUCCAGACUCAGUCCCGCGUCCAGUUCAUGUCCGCGCCACUGCCUCCUGUCUACCGCCAGCAGAUGACCGCAGCCGUCACAACGGCUAGCAAACCGCAGCAUUCGGCUACUAGCGACGAACUGCUUGAAGCGGAGCUACGCGCGUUCCUGCAGGACGCCAACCUCGGCGGAGACCUGUCGCUCUGCGAGUACAAGGAGUGGGCGUCUCGACGUCAAUACUGCAAUCUCGUGGUGCUGGUCUGUGGUACGCAAUUCAAUCUACACAAACAUCCGAUGCUACUGGAGAGCUACAAACUGCACGGAAUGGCUCGUCAGGCACUGGAGAUCAGUGCCAACAGCAACAAUUUUGGAGGAGCGGUGCCCGUUCUAGAGCUGGCAGCCUUCCCCGGAGGCGCAGAGAUGUUCGAGACGCUGGCGAUCUACUGCUACACGGGCGAGAUCUCCUUCUCAUUGGCAAACCUCGCAGCCAUGAACUGCGCCAUCGAGUUUUUAGAGAUGCGCGAUGAUAUUCGCCACCGCGCCAAACGAUUUCUCGACCAGCAAAUCAGUCGGGGGGACGAAGGCUUGAGCGGUUUGUUGCAGGUGGUCAACGCAGCGCAGACACUGGCGCAAGCACAGCCAGAGCUCUUCCACUCGGCCAGCGAAAGGCUCAUAGAAGCGUGCAUGCAUGCGCUAGUGGAGAGAGGAGAUACACUCGACGUAGACUCCAUGUUGCAGCUCUUUACGUUGCCCAGUGAGCUGUUCGUCGAGCUCACGCAGCGAGUGAUUUCGUCCAAAGUUCCAGCGUCGCCUACUGCUCGCUCUGCCGCUGAGAUCGCGAGUGAACUGUGUGUGCAAGCGAAGUUGGCGCAGCUCCAUCGAGACGCGCAGCAUAGCCUUAGCCCGAGCCAUUGCAACCGAGUCAUUGCACAGCAAUGCGUCCAACUGUUACAGGGCGAAUCUGUUGAAACCGUUGAUGCCAUCAAGGCGGAGAAGAUGGAGACAACGUGCGAGGAGCCGCUGGAGCUGACCAUGUUGUUCACAAGCGAGAAGUCGGACAAGAUGCUGAUCAAACUCAUGGACGACGACCUGUCUGCUUACAAGGUGUCCUCCAGCAAGCAAGUCGACGCGUCCAUCUGCUUAGCCAGUGAUAGUUUCCGCUUUGACGCACACGCACUACCGGAGACCUUCGUAGUGUAGGCCAACAAUCUACGUUCUGCAUAUUGAAUUAAUGUCGUAGUCACCACUGUCACGCCUCCUGUUAAUGGCGCAGCAGUACAUGUAGUCCUCUUGAUCAAUACACCACGUUGAAAAAUGCCAAUG